AUGUUCUCCAAAGCACUCCACAGCAGCAUAGCCAGUUGGUCCUUCCACGACGACAGUUUCACACAAGCAACAAAAGACAAAGUAUUCCUCUACCAACUCUCCCAUCAAGACAUCAAAGCAAUCACACCGCACACACUGGUCAUCGGCAACGUCUGCGACGAAGACAGAACAUCAACGAAAAUCCACCGUCAACUCGCGGACCUAAACAUCCUCAUCAAAUCAGAUAAUCACCUCAAUGCCGCUGCCAUCAAUGGCACCUCCAUGGCCAAGAACAUCGUCCUGAUAACACGGCACAAGCUUUCAUUGCUCGUGAAUUUGCUUUUCUGGUGGGAGGAGGAGAUGAUGAGAUGGGAUGGUUUCGAGGCCAAAAAGGCAAACUAUGCUCAGCAGUUGGAGGAAGCGCAUCCGGAUGAGAGUGCAGAAGAAAGGUCAAGGAAGAUGAAUGAGGCUGUGAAGAUUAUUACGGUGAUGCAAAGGGAUAUGCCUAGUCAGCGGCAGGAGGGUAAGGAAACUAGUUGGAAUACUACAGGCGGCAGUAGGAGGGAAUGGGAGUUGAGGGAGUCGGAGAGGUGGGUGUCUGAGAGGGGAGGACCGGGUGGAGAGGUAGUUGAAGAUGAGCAUGGAUUGCCUGCUUAUGAACAUAGUGGUGUAGACGGGAGAGAAUGA